AACGCUAUUAACGUAACUCGCUCUGUUGGGUUGGUAGCUCAUUCAAACACAUUACCAAGAGAAACGUUUUAUAUAUAAAUGCUACAUCAGCCAUAUGAACGAUAGAGCAUUAAAUUGACUUGCUACAUCAACUGUGUUUAGAGCAGCAGGUAGCUGCUAGCUGACUUGUUUAAUUCCGACCGAAAACAUCAUAAGUGUGGUGAUAACCUGUUUUAUUGAUUUGGUUUUGUUUGCUAACCAGUACUGCGUUGUUGAAAAGUUGCUUUGGUCUAAGCUGAACCUGCAACAUGGAAGCAGAUGUCGAGUUUUUGCGUGAUCAAGUCCACAGGCUUAACUCUGCUCUGAGCCAGUAUCAGCGUGGGGAACAUGCUCAAAUCAAACCAAAUGAGAUUGAAGGGGAACAGAAGACUGAUUUUGCUUCUCCCUGGCUCUCAGAUAAAAGUGUAAUGGCUCCAUUGAUUGCUCAGUAUGAUCGGCACAUUGAUGAGAUGGGUGAACAGCUGCAGAAAUACCAGGCGUCCAUGACCGAUGUCAAAGCCAAAUUGGAAAGUGUCGUCCAAGAGAACGAGAGACUCCAUGCAGAACUGAGGGAAUCAGUGGAGAAGCAGCUUGAGUCACCCUCCAAGACGACUGCAGUGGAGUUGAGCACAGUGGAGGAUGAAGCAGUCAUUCAAAACCUCCAAGAACAAGUCAAGCUGUCUGAACAGGAGCGGAUGCAGGCCAUGGAGUUGUGGCAGACCGCAGUACUGGAGCUUGAUCAACUCCAGGAGUUUUACCAAAAGAGUCUCACUGAUGGACAGAAUGCCGAUGCUAAGGAACAGCAGCUCAAGGAUCGGAUUGUGCAGUGCCACCAGAGCUCACACAAACUCCAAGGGUCCAACCAGGAACUACAGAUGACCAACCAGCAACUUGUGAAGACUGUGACUGAGCAGAGCACAGAGAUUGAAGGACUACAUAGCCAGCUCAGAUUGAGCAAAGCUGAUCUUAGAACUGCCACAGGCAAAGUGGAAGAGUUGACCAAACAGCUGCAAGUUUUUCAGCACCAACUAAAGAGACAGGAGGAAGAUGUGGUUGCUGCUCAAAGACGAGAAGAAGCAGCACAGAGACAAAUCCAACAGCUUCAGUCAACCAUCAGCCAGCAAGAAGCAAGGCUCAAAACAACGUCUCGGGAGGCACUGGGUGUUCGAGGAGAGCAAACCGUGUUGGAGAAAACAGCAAGCAGCCUUAAGGCCCGAUGUGCUACCUUGGAACAGGAGAAAUAUGAGGCUCUUGAUAAAGUCCGAGAGAGUGUGCAGGUGGCUGAGGAAGCGGUGCUGCAGAAAAAUGAGGCGGUGCUAAAAGAGAAGCAAAUGAUAGAAGAACUCGAGCAGACAAAGAAAGUCAUCCAACAGCUGAUCCACGAUGCUGCUGUGCGCACCAGAAAAGAGGUGGAUAGCGUACGCAAGCAGUGCAACAUUGAACUCCGUGGAAUGGCUGAGGAGCUGUCUUUAUUGCAAUUGGAAUGUGCAGAAAAAGAAUCUCUGAUCGAGAGGUUGAAGCGAGAGAGGAAAUCGCUAGAGGAGGAACUAUCCAAGGUGGUAAAGGAGUGCCAGGCAGAACCACAAGUUGGCAAAAUGGAUGCUCUUCAUCAGAGGUGUCUGAAUGCAGAGAGAAUGAAGGACGAAGUUAGCAUCACUUUGCGAAGUACCCAAAGCAAACUCAAGAAGAUGCAACUGGAACACAAUGAGGAGUUGUCCCGCGGCCAGGAGGAAGUGCAGCGGCUACAGGGUUGUUUGGCUGCAGCCCGGGAGGACUGUGUCAAAAUCAGCGAUGAGCGCCUCCAGUUGCAGCAGGAGAACCUGCAGCUCCAAAGGAAAAUGGAUGAUCUGCAAAAAACCUCCAUGCUGGUUCACAAGAAGGCCAAACAACAGGUAUGUCUGAUGGAUCAAGAGUACAGCGUGAAGGAGAAGACACUUAAAGCACAGAUGAUUGACUUGGAGGAGAGCAGUCGCAACUCAAGCGCUGACUUGAUGCGUCUUCUCACAGCCCAGCAGAAAAGUAUUCAGCGCUGGAAAGACGAGGCAAAGAACAUGGCGCAGACCUUUGAAAAUAAAAUCAAAACUAUGAAGGCAGAGCUGAGUCAGUACAAGCAACGCUGCCAUGAGUUAGAUUUGCAGCUGGGAAAUAAACACGACACAAUAGCAGAGUUUGAGAGGCAAUUGGCAGAAUAUCAGGACAAAGCUCAUCGCCUCCAAAGACAACUCAUUCAGGUGGAGCAACGUGCAAGUUUGUCUUCACAUCAGAUUACAGUUAUGGCAUCGAAGCAAAGAAAAAUGGACUUCAGUGACUCAAAGACUAAAGACCAAGAUUAAUGGAAGCCUUUAGUAUCAUUUGUAUAUAUAAAUAUAUAUUUUUUAAUCUGUCUAAUUUAAUGGCAACAGGUUACAGUUAUGUUGACUAUUAGUCUAUAAUGUACAUGAUCUCAUGUAAGAUGAAAGUACUGUACUACAAUAUCACUGCUGGGAUACAUCGUUUUCAUAAAGUACUUUCCACAAUAUAUGCAUUAUGUGUGGUGCAGUGACGUGCGGUGAGGUUCAUGGCUGGUGAGGCACUGACUUCAUCACAGUCAGAUUUACAAACAUAUGAACCCUAAAGAGUAUCUUAUUCACCAUUUGAUUGGCAGAAGUUAACGGGUUAUGUUUAAAAGCUCAAACCAGCAUUCUUCCCUGCUUGGCACUCAGCAUCAAGGCUUGGAAUUGGGGGUUAAAUCACCAACAAUUAUUCCCGGGCGCGGCGCCGCUGCUGCCCACUGCUCCCCUCACCUUCCAGGGGGUGAUCAAGGGAUGGGUCAAAUGCAGAGGACAAAUUUCACCACACCUAGUGUGUGUGACAAUAAUUGGUACUUUAACUUAACUUUAACUUUACACAUACAAACUGUAGCACACAAAAAAGCACAUUUAAUUAAAAAAAAACAUUAUUAUGGUCUUACCUUUACUUAUAAAUGAAGUCCAUGCGCUGCUCCUUCUGAACAAAAGCCAGCGCCCCCCGCAACCCCAAAAGGGAAUAAGCGGUAGAAAAUGGAUGGAUGGAUAUUACCUCCUGCUUCGAUUGAAAGUCCAGUUUAGAAAACUGUUUUAUUUUAGAUAUUUAAUCCUCCAUGUUAAAAAUCCAGGCAAGAGGAAAAAAUAAACGAUCGCUGCUAACUGUUGCUGCUUGUUGUCACUUCGUCUGCAGCCGAGUAGUCGCAAGAAUGAUCUCUGGGAUCACUACCGCCCUCUACCACCAUGAGGCGGGAUUACUGCGAGCCUCAGCCAGUGCGUCUUCGCAGCCGUUUUAUGAAUGCUCAGCACAAGAAAUACGUUACACAUACAGUGUACAUUAUAUACCUCAGCUAACUAAAAUACGGAAAUGUAUAAUAUAAUUCAUAUAGCAAUACGGUCUCACUGCACAGCAGGCCAGCAGUUAGCCGAGUUAUUGCGCAAUCCAUGGUGAGGCUCAACUCAGUGACGUACCUCAACUGGCUGCUGACUCACCGCAAGUCUCUUCUCAGUAUUUGAACGGCAAAUGUGAAAAUUCAGCGAUUUUGAAUAAAAAAAUGAUCUAAAACUGGUGAAGUUAAAUGGAAAAUAUAUUUAUAGUAUAAUCACUGGAUACAUAUAACAAUUUACUUUUUUUUUUUUCUUUUUACUUUUUUUUUUCUUUCCACGAUGGCACGUGAGGCACCGCCUCACAUGCCUCCCCUGACUGCACCUCACUGAUAUAUAUAUAUAUAUAUAUAUAUAUAUAUAUAUAUAUAUAUAUAUAUAUAUGCGAUAUUGUGUAUAUAUUAAUGAUUUCCAUAUUUAUUUUAUACACUCACACGUUUUUUGUACAAUCCCAAUGUUGUAAUAAUGACUUCAUGAAACUUAAAGG